AUGUCCCUCUCACGAGUUAUCCUCAUCACUGGCGCUUCCUCGGGUAUCGGCCGCGCUACGGCUGUCGGGCUCUCCAAAGCCUUCCCCUCCCCGUCACACCCCGAGCCCCUCGUCCUCGCACUCGUUGGACGCAGGCAGGAUGAGCUCGAGAAGACGGCCCAGAUGUGUCGUGAGGGCACGAAGACUGAGAUCCUCUCCGGCGACGUUUCCAAGGAGUCGGAUGUCGACCGCAUCUUCAACACCAUCAAGGAGAAGUAUGGUCGCUUGGACGUUCUCUUCAACAAUGCCGGCCUGAACAUCACGGGAGGCAAGCCGAUCGAGGACGUUGACAUGGACAAGUUCCGCCAGAUGGUUGAUGUUAACCUGAUGGGAGCUGUGCUUAACGGCUCCAUCUCUGCUCACUCGCCGCGACCAAACUCGACCGCAUACACGGUGACUAAGCACGCCAUCCUUGGUCUGACAAAGUGCACCUCCCUCGACGGGCGCAAGUACGGCAUCAUGUGCACGCAGCUUGACAUCGGCAACGCCUACACAGACCUCUCGGCGCAUAGCUCCAAGGGCACGCUCCAGGCGGACGGCAGCAUCAAGGUCGAGCCGAUGAUGGACGCGGACAACGUCGCCAAGUCUGUCGCCUUCGUCGCUGGUCUGCCGAAAGACGCGGACGUGCUCCAGUUCACCAUCAUGUGA